CAAAAACCAGAACAACCCACUCACCGCCGCGGAUCCGACAGCCGCCGCCCGCCUGCACGCUGCAGUUCAGCCAGCCAACCAAGUCGCCGGCGGCGGCGGCGGAGGAGGAGGAAGAGGAGGAGUGUGGGGAUGCAGAGCGUGACGCGGCUGACGCUGCUGCUGUGCGCGGCCUGGGCGGCCGCGCUGCUCUACGGCGAGAUGGCCGCCUACUGGGCCGCCCGCCUCUCCUGCUCCUGGCCGUCCUCCCCCACGUCGUCUUCCACCUCUCCGAGUGACAAUGCGAAGAUUGCCGUUGUUGCUGAUCCACAGCUUAUGGACAGCACCUCACUUGGCCUUCCACCGAGCUCAAUUGCGCUGCAAGCUGCUGAGUUUUACACAGAUUUGAACAUGAGAAGGUCCUUUCAGUCUGUGAUACUUCCAUUCAAGCCGGAUGUGCUUUUAUUUCUCGGAGAUUACUUCGAUGGGGGCCCAUAUAUGUCCAAUGAAGAGUGGCAUGAAUCUUUGUCCCGCUUUAAUCAUAUAUUCAGCAUGAACGAACAUAUAACAAAUCCAAACAUCCCAAUCUACUACCUUUCAGGAAAUCAUGAUAUUGGUUACUCAGCAUUUCACAAAAUUCAUCCUGAGGUGAUUACUCGGUAUGAAAAAGAAUUUGGAAAAAGAAACUACCAAUUUUCAGCCGGGAAGGUGGAUUUUGUUGUUGUUGAUGCUCAAACUCUUGAUGUUUAUGCUGCAGGAGCCAAAGAAAGCAAAGAAAGAUCCUCCUCUUGGGAGUUCAUUAAAACAUUAUCCUCUGGUAACAAAUCAAACCCAAAGGUUCUACUAACACAUAUCCCCCUCUACCGACCUGACAACUCUCCUUGUGGUCCACAUCGUUCUUCACCUGUUAUAAAUCAGAGGGUAUCAAGUGCAGCCAUGGAUCAAGGGAUAACCUACCAGAAUUAUCUAAGCAAAGAGACUUCUGACCUUUUGCUAAGCUUGUUGAAGCCUGUUGUUGUGCUCUCAGGCCAUGACCAUGACCAGUGUACAAUAGCUCAUCCCACUCCUUUUGGACCAGUAACAGAGCAUACCCUUGGUACAAUAAGUUGGCAGCAGGGGAAUCUGUAUCCAUCUUUUAUGCUGCUAUCUGCUGGGCCCAAGCUGCCAGCAAAUUCUACUGAUAUAGAACAUGAGGUUCUGACGAAUCUUUGUUUCCUGCCUAAACAAACUCAUAUCUAUAUAUGGUAUAUCUUCCAGUUUGUAGUGACCAUUCUUCUGCUUAUCUUGUGGCCAACAAAUGGUCUCAGAUCUCUUCCUUAUGUGAACGCAUUUGUAAGCUUCAUGCGUUCAGUGGCUGCUGAAUUGUUUUCCAGAACAAAAGAAAAGGAUGACGAGGAAGAUGGUGAUUAUGAAAUGGUCUGGGAUGCAGAGGGGUCCAUGCACCUGGUUAAAAAGGCAGUGGCAAAAACCCCGGGAUCUAGCUCAGAGUCAAAAGCUACAGGACGGGGAAGUGUUGUUGCAAGGGCAACAGCCAGAAGGCAUCAACUGGAGCCUGAUUCAUCUGUUCUUGUUGAGAUGAGCUCAGAAAUGACACCAGAAGAUGGAGGAAAGGUGCCUCGCUCAAGCAAAUUGAAAAUAAGGAGGGUGCUUCAGAGGCUGUUUCGUGUCAUUCAGUCGAUUGUUGUCAUCGCCGCACUGAAUGUCCCUCUAUACAUGAUGCUUCUGUUCAAGGAUUGGAUUGACCGUUGAACAGCAUGUGAAAAACUAAUUCUAUCAGUAAUUAAGUACAACCAAUAGGAGGACCCGCAAUUAAUUUAGUAUCGCUUUGGUUGAGGCAUCAAAUGGUCUACCAGUUCAACCAGGGUAAUCGUUGUUGUGCGUUAACGUUAAGAAGUGGCUUGUUCUUUUGUCUGUCAGAGGCUCAGAACUAUGAGUUUUUUUUUGUACAAUAUUCAUACCGGUAGAUAUUGCUUAAAGAUCACAAAUGAUUCAGUUGGUGUCGGAGAUUUUUUAUUGUUCCUCCCCUUGACACCUGUAAUGCGGCUAUAUGGCAAUAAUUAUGGUCUUCUAAGACACUAUAAAUCAUAUUACAAAACUAACUCUUGAUAAAGAGUUGGCGGUGCCGACGGCGUGCUACAUCGUUACUAGUUUUUAUCUUUUGUAAAUUAGUUAUAUACUGUAGAGACAUUUGUUGCAGGAUUUUUUGUUUUUGGGUAAACUACUGCUACGACAUGCAUGUCCGUGAACAUGUAUUUAC